AUGCAGUCAGCUGGAUCUGUGCAUGUUUCCAAGUCUAAAAUGAAAAAUGUCAUAAUUAAAGCAUCAGAAAAGGAACCGGAAGAUGGUUCAGAAAAGGAAAUAGAUGAAGUGAAAGAAGUAUCAGAGGAAGAAAUAGGCGAGGAUCCUGAAGAUGAUCCAGACGAGGAGGAAGUUUCAGAGGAAGAGUUAGAUGAGGAUCCUGAAGAAGAUCCAGAAGAAGAAUUAUAUGAGGAAUCUGAUGAAGAUUCAACGAGUAGUAGCAUUGACAGUAAGGAACCUGAAAGUGAUUGCAAAGAGGAAUUGAAUGAUGAAACCAGGUCAAGUUUGAAAUCUGUAAAUUCAUCAGUAUUGUGCAUCAAUAAUGAUGUAGCUAAACCUAUUGAUGAUCAAAAUCUGUUUUCCUCUGAAGCAAACGUUUCUAAUCCGUAUUCAGUGAACAAUGCUCGUGAAACACAGGACCCUGGUGGAAGUUCUGGCAGAAAACGGUGUAGUCGGUGGUGUCCGGUACAAGAAACACAAACUGGUCAAAGUGAUGGAACUAGUAAAAAAAGGAAAACAAGGUGGGAUGAUUCUCCAGUUCUUGGCACAUUUAAGCUACCGGACUUCAUGUAUCCCUUAGAGCAUGAGAUGGACCAGAAGACGAUUAGCCUGAGGAUGCAACUUAUGGAGGUAAACAGCAAGCUGCAAAGUUCAGAGAUUCAUGAUGACAGGCCUGCAGAAGAAAGAUCUCCUUCUCCCGAACCUGAAUACAAUAACCUCGGCAUGAGAAUAAAUACCCAUGAAGCAAGACUCAGGAAAAAACUUAGAGCCAAACAGAAACAUAUUAUAUCGAAAUUAGCUAAAACUGGCUUGAACUUUAGAACUCCUGCCAAGCUCGUUGAGAAAAUUUAUGUUCCGGAGAAAGAGUAUCCAGAUUAUAACUUUGUUGGUCUUAUUAUUGGUCCAAGGGGAAAUACUCAAAAGGAAAUGGAAAAGAAAACUGGAGCAAAGAUUCGUUUAAGAGGUAAAGGCUCCAUGAAUAAGAAGCCUGAUCCAUCUGAUGAUGAAGGCCUGCACAUUCUUGUGGAGGCUGAUAAUCAACAAUCGCUGGAUGCUGCUGUGGGAAUGGUUAAGAAAUUACUGGUUCCUGUGGCUGAUGGAAUGAACAAUCACAAGAGAGCGCAAUUGCAAGAGCUUGCAAAACUGAGAGGAGUUGCAUUUGCAGAAUUGAAAGGAACGUGUGAAGAUAAGAAUAUAUGCAGUUUUUGCAAGGAACUAGGGCACCAACAAUAUGCCUGCCCUUGUCGAGAUUCAACUUUUAAGGCCAUGGUUUGUGAUAUUUGCGGAAGCUUUAGCCAUCUGUCGUCUGAAUGUAGCUUGUCUAUAGCAUCUCAGACGUGCCUGCCUCUGCGAGGCUCUUAUGGAAUUGGGAUUGGUUCUGAUGGGAAAUUAAGCAAACAGAUGGAUGAUGCAAAUCUCUAUGUUGGAUACUUACCCCAGACAGUCGAUGAUAAUCAGUUGAAGGAGCUAUUUUCACCCUUUGGAAAAAUUGUCCAAACAAGGGUGAUUAAAGAUCGAACUACUGGUUUAAGCAGAGGAUACGGUUUUGUUAAAUUUGAAAAUCCUGUGGAUGCUAAUGCAGCAGUGUUACACAUGAAUGGAUACAAAAUAGAUGGCAAAAUGUUGGCAGUAAGAGUAGCCGGGCAGAAACCAGUUCCAGGACCCUCACAUCUGGGCAAUCUUCCAAUUCCCUCUGUUCCUCCAGCAAUUCGACCCAAUAUUUCAGGCCAGACGUCUUGCCUUUUUGGCCCAUCAGUUUUGAUGCUUCCAGAAGCUCAAGCCUCCAUUUUUAAUAACCAAAACUCGUAUUUUCCUUCUUCCUUGGUCCAGUUUGGGCAUUACAAUAACCUUCCAAGUACUGAGUUCUCGAGCACUCCUCCAAGUUCAGACUCUAAUAUUGCUGACUCAGGGAUGGCAGGCACCUUCUCUUCAACUUCUGAAUUUCCUAGCCAAAUCAUGAGUUCAAGCUUGGCCCCCAAUUCGUUCUCACAGUUUCCUUCACGCACCGUCUCUUCAACUUCUGAAUUUCCUAGCCAAAUCAUGAGUUCAAGCUCUGCCCCCAAUUCGUUGUCACAGUUUCCUGGUGCUUCCAUUUCAAACAAUCCAAGCUUGUAUUUUUCUUCUUCAUCGGUCCACUUUGGGCAUUACAAUAACCUCCGAGGGCCCGAGUUCUCAAGGAUUCCUCCAAGUUCAGAGUCUAAUACUGCUGACACAAGGAUGGCAGGCACCUUUUCUUCAACUUCGGAAUUUCCUAGCCAAAUCACGAACUCGAGCUCAGACCCCAAUUCAUUGUCCCAUUUUCCUGGCGAUCCAGACUACCGAGGUUCGCAGUUCAAGUCAUACUUCAGCCUCUAA